GCACUUCGUAAGCUGUUGCGCGCGCUCCCAAAACCGCGAUUAAAUGCAAGAUAUGCAAUUCGUUGCAAUAUGCAAUUAAGACAUCGCGACCUAGUACCGAAAAAUCACCUACUUUCGGACCAUAAAAAGAGAGAUAACGAGUACCUCGGGGCCGUAUUCCGAAACUAAGUGGUGACGCGUAUACUUGAAGAAACUGUGAGAUUCUGUAAACGCCGACAUUGUUACAUCGCCGAAGCAUCACCAAACCGAACUCUACGAUACGUAAGCUGUACAAAUAAAUCUUUUUGCACGGAAUCUCUGCCUCGUGUUUCUCGACACUCGGAGUCCCAACUCCUAAGACGAACCGAACCCUUGGAUCAUCCUCAAAAUUCCCGUUGUACCUGGAGAGGCACAACAAUAUAUAUAUAAUUAUAAUCGGCAAUACGUUGCAAGCGUUUCUACCAAGUAUGAUUGAAAAGAAUCGCGGUCAUGUUGUGGCGAUCUCAUCACUAGUAGCAUAUCAGGGCGCUACACAUGGUACGGUUUAUUGCCCCACAAAAUCCGCGGUCAAAGCACUUAUGGAAGCUGUCAGCGAUGAAUUACGUACAUAUAGCAAAGGUAAAUCCUUGAUUAAAUUCACUACCGUUUAUCCGGCUCUAGUACUUACUGGAAUUGUCAAAAAGCCAAGAAUAAGAUUUCCAAGUAUAAUGGGAGGAAUUCCACCGCAGAAAGCAGCUUCACUAAUAAUGGAUGCGUAAAGACAAAAUUUCAAAGAAAGAAGUAUACCUUCAGGUUGGCUGCCGAUAUUAUAUUU